UCAAGACUUUUAAAUAAAUCUUUGUGCUUAGAUAUAUAUCAGAUUUGAUUAAUUAUUCCCCUUAAAAUUGACUUGUUAAGGUCACUAAUUGAAAAAUAUUGCUAAAUAUUUUUAAAAGUUUAGCUUUAUUACUGCGUAUUAGAGUUGCAAAGGUUUCUCAGCAUUUCAGGAAUAGUUUUGAUUUUUUCCAGCAUUCCAUGAUACUUAAAUGUUUUUUACUUUAAAGUUCCUUCUCCUUUCAGACGUCUCCUAACUUGAUUGGACUGCAGCUGUUCGGUUAUCUGGACAUGAUUUGGGGAGACGCACACCUGUCUGAGCUCCUAAAGCUGACAGUUCGAGUCAGAGUACAAACCGUCCAUCUCAAGAGAUUGUCUGCAGACGAUCUGCACGGUCAGAGGAGGAAACUGACCAGAGAAUAAAGCCUACAAGAUGAGAUCAUUUGAGUUGAGAUUCUCUGGAUUCUUUUCGGAGUUUUGGAACACCUUGGAAAGACUUUGAGGAGUUGCUCCUCCAUCACUUGUCACCGGCAAUCCUGGAGGUGGUGGAGAUGGCAAAGGUUAGAGUGCAAACAGGAAAUGAUUUGAGCAACUUUUGACAUUUGGACUGAAUGUCAAUCCUGUCCAGAGAGACGAGAGGUUUUUUUUUUUCCCUCCUUCAGCAGACGUGGGUAGAUGAAGUUCUGCCCUUUUCAAAAGCUACAGGGAAGGAGAAACGAACAGGAACUCUGAAUCCACCUAUUAGGAGUUGGAGGAGUGGAGUGACGGCUCCUGUCGGUGCUGUCCUCAGCUCUGAAGGCAUCUGCUCCAGCAGAAUAUGAUCAACUCACAUGGCUGAAAGUCUGUGAGCAGGUGACAGAGGGACACUGUCUGCCCCACUGUCCAGCGACACCAUGAGCUGGAGCUUCCUCACGCGGCUGCUGGAGGAGAUCCACAACCACUCCACCUUCGUGGGGAAGCUGUGGCUCACUGUGCUCAUCGUCUUCCGCAUUGUUCUCACUGCCGUCGGGGGGGAGUCCAUCUACUACGACGAACAGAGCAAGUUUGUCUGCAACUCGGGUCAGCCGGGCUGUGAGAAUGUCUGCUACGACGCCUUCGCUCCCCUGUCUCACGUUCGUUUCUGGGUCUUUCAAAUCAUCCUGGUGGCCAUGCCUUCUCUCAUGUACAUGGGCUACGCCAUCAACAAGAUCGCGCGGUUAGAAGAAGCGAAAGGGGGAACGGCAGCGGUCAGAACUGGAGGUGGAGGCUACACACACAGAAAACCCAGGAAAAUCUGCUUUGGAGCGAAUCAGCACAGAGGCAUCGAGGAGACGGAGGGAGAUCAGGAGGAUGAUCCCAUGAUCUACGAGGUGCCAGAGAUCGAGCCGCCAAAACGGCCACGGGAUCCGCUGCAGCCCACGCCCAGACCCAAAAUACGGCACGAUGGGCGCAAGCGCAUUCGUGACGAAGGGCUGAUGCGGGUCUAUGUGCUGCAGCUGGUGACGCGAACUGUGCUGGAGGCCGGCUUCCUCACAGGUCAAUACCUGCUGUACGGUUUCCGUGUUAAACCCGUGUUCGUGUGCUCGGGGAAGCCUUGCCCGCACAGCGUUGACUGCUUUGUGUCGCGGCCGACGGAGAAAACCAUCUUCCUGCGCAUCAUGUACGGCGUCACCGUCCUUUGCCUCACUCUCAACGUCUGGGAGAUGCUCCACUUAGGCAUCGGCUCGAUUUAUGAUAUUCUUCGGCGGCGACGUUGUCCUCCGCAGGAAGAUGAGUACCAGCUGGGCUUGUUGGGCACAAAUGGUGCCGGGGAGGGCUCCGUUGGUGGGACGGGGCCUGAGGCAGGAUCAGAGGAAGGAGUGGGCGGCGAGGGUGCAGCCGAUUACGUCGGCUACCCCUUCUCGUGGAACACGCCAUCGGCUCCACCGGGCUACAACAUCGUCGUGAAGCCCGAGCAGAUGCCGUACACGGACCUGAGCAACGCCAAGAUGGCGUGCAAGCAGAACAGGGCUAACAUUGCUCAAGAGGAGCAGCAGCAGUUCGGGAGCAACGAGGACAAUUUCCCCACGGGGGGAGAAGCUCGCGUGGCUCUCAACAAGGACAUGAUCCAACAGGCUCACGAACAACUGGAAGCAGCGAUCCAAGCCUACAGUCAGCAGCACCGAGCGGAGGAGCAGCUCGGAGACAACCAAGACGACAAGCCCCAGAGUAACAUUAUCCAGGCUCAACCGCAGCCGCAUUCUCAGCCUCAGAAAGAACGUAAGCAUAGAGUCAAGCAUGCGAAAGGAGGCAGCAGUGGAGGAGGCAGCAGCAGCAACAGCAGCAGCAGCAAAUCAGUGGAGGGGAAACCCUCCGUAUGGAUUUAACCCCAAAACAUAGAAGGAUUGAGGGGCUGGGAUAGCACCACUGUGCCUUAAAGAAUCCUGCAGGCUGGAGAAGAUGUGAAAAAAGGUGUGUGACAACAUGAACAUGUGAUGCAGCAGCUGACAAGCUCUUUGUCUGGGCUAUCACUGUGUAACUUGAAAAAAAUCACACCGAUGAUGUUAGUCUAGAGUCUGUCGUUUACAUGUCUUGUCUGUUGAAGACCUCAAGUAGAUCACUGACAUCCCUCGUCUUUUUGUUCCUCAUUUCCUUUGGAAAUAUAAGGAAGUUUCUAGAAAUUAGAAAUCUGACUUUUCCUCUCCCGUCUUGACAAAUUUAAUACAAACAAAAUAAAAACGUAGAACAGAAUGAAGCAUUUUUGCAAAUAAAGGGGUGAGCUGAAGCAAUGAUUGCAUCACUAAAUUCCGCUAUUGUAAGGGUGUGAAAUGCAGUUUGAUGGCAGCGUGUGACUUUCUGCCUCGCAGAGAGCAUCAUGGUCUUUUGUCAGUUCUGUUUCCUCCACAGCACCUUUACAACCCAAACUGCAUUUUUCCCAUGACACCAGCUGCUACUCAGGAACCGCUGAGUACGGCGGGUGGAUCUCAAAAAAAAAAAUUCCGAGAAACAUUUAUAGGAGCAAAGUUUGUAUACAGUUUUAUUAUUCAGUUCCUCUUUGGCUCUUCUGGGACUUGAGGAAUCAGUGCUCCAUCUGCCUUGCCGUUGACUGCCCCCUGGUGGUUUCUUCAUCGUCCGCGGAGUAGAUGCCAAUACUACCUACAUCCUUAACCAGCUGAACCCUAACUCUUCUUUUUCUACUGACUAUGUCUCGCCUAUGUCUUCCCAAGCUUGGUGUUAGACUCGCACGGUGUCACGCCGCCACCUUGUGAUGGAAGCGGCUCCAUAUCACUCUGCUAUAACAAAGUGAGACCAAACACUGUUUGUGAGAUGCAAGUGUCAGUGCCAAGAUUUUACACCAGGCUGCUAUUGAAGCUUGGGUGUUUGCAGCUUUGGAAUAAUGUGGCCAUCUUACUCCAGCCAUGGAACUAUGCCUACGUGAGACCAACGGUUUUGUAAAAACCUUUUUUUUAUGACGGUGUUGCUUUUUGGAAUGGGAUUUUCAAUGAAAAAAGAAUCUCCAAAAUGGAGUCGGUUUUUACGUUCGAACCAGUGUUUUGUAUAAAAGCACUGUUUUUGAAUUUUUGUAAAGUAAAGUAGAGAUCUUUGAACAAUUGAGUUACCUGUAUGUGUAUUUAUAGUAGUUGUGAUUUGAAUUGCCUUCCAUUUGUUUAAAAAGGGAAUUAUUUUUAUAACGUGUGGGGGGAAAAAGGCCUUCUUUUCCUUGUUUGUUCAAGUAUGUUUGUUCAAUUGAUGUGAGUGCAAGAUUCACCAUAAAGAAGAGUCUGAUUAAAAUCA